UAGAAUUAAGCUGAGCAAGCAGAACUACAUUCUCGAUACAGUAUACUGUGUGAGGGAUUUGUCGAGCAUCUUCCCGUGUGUCGCUGUUAUCAUCAACCCGCGUUGUCGUUUUGCUAAAUGAGUAGAGCGCUUUUGGUGGUUCCGCAACGCUUGAUAUCAAUUGUCAGAUGUAACCAGGCUUUCUCAUUGAUAACGCGCCAUUCGAGCAAAAUGAGCGAGCAACAGGAGCGUGACAUUGUGAAAGGUGCUGAUAGUUGGUUCAACAAAUACACGGCCGUAGAAAGUUCUCCCGAGGGCACGUUCAAAGGGGUGCGAGAUCGCUUCAAUGGCAUCACGGUUGAUUCAAACAUGGAAACCUGCAGUCCGGACAAAUUUCCGUCCAUUCUGAAGAGGUCACUCGAGCACUGGAUUGACAGUAAAAACCGGGGCAUCUGGUUCAAAGUCCAUCUGAGUGCGGCAAGUUGGAUACCGGAACUAGUCAAUAAUGGAUUUCAAUUUCAUCAUGCCAAAAAUACAUUCGUGAUGCUGUACCGUUGGCUUCCGAAGGAGGAAUCGGUUAACAUUCCGCCCUACUCGCACACGAUGGUCGGCGUCGGUGCGCUUGUGAUGAACGACCGCAAUCAGGUGCUGGUCGUUAGCGAGAACUAUGCGCUUAUCGCCGGCUCCUGGAAGCUGCCGGGAGGCUAUGUGGAUCCAAAUGAAAACUUCAUUGACGCGGCCAUACGGGAAGUAGCCGAGGAAACGAACAUUCGGACGGCGUUCGAAUCGGUUGUCUCGAUACGGCACGCUCAUGGUGCCGGGUUUGGCUGUUCCGACCUGUACAUAGUGAUGGCCUUAACGCCUCUGUCGGAAGAGAUCACGAAAUGCAACCGGGAGAUCGCCAAAUGUGAGUGGAUGGACGUAAGCGAGUAUCUGAACCAUCCGAAGGUGCACGAAACAAACCGUAACUUUGUGCGAACGUACCUGGAGUAUAAGAAGCUCGGUGUGCGCAUCGACUGCACGGAAGAGAUGCAUCAGGUGUUGAAGAAGCGGUAUAACAUCUACUCCGUGGCUAAGGUGACGGAUGGUGAAACCGUCGAAACCAGCAGCAGUACAAGCAGUACCGGCACGUUCAAAUUAUAGCGAUCGAACAGCGGGCGGAUGCGAUGAGAUGCUAGACCAGUUUCUAAAAUCUUUAAGGAUGGAAAGAUGUGAAAGAUUGUAGACCCAGUUACCUGUACGUUGCUCUUCCAUAUUGCAACUAUAAGUAAGUAUGAUUAAAAUAACUUCAUAGUUCUCACGUUCAACAUAAAUACUGAUUUUAAAAUAAUAGCCAUAAAAGGAUGUUAUAGGUGGUAGUGACAUUUUAGAAUCGUGAAUAGCUGAACGCAUUUUGUCGAUCUAUGAUUUGAAAUAAAGAGAAUG